AUGAGCCUCAAGAACGACAAGUUCCCGUCCUCUGCCGCCUUUGACGCGAUCAACAGUGCCCUGAACUCGAGCGAGGCCGAUAAGAAGGAUGCGAUCAAGCAAGGAAAUGCCGUCUUCGCAUUUACGUUGAAGAACAAGGCUGGUGAGACGGAGAGCUGGCACAUUGAUCUCAAGCAGAGUGGUUCGGUCGGGAAAGGCCUCGGAACGAAGCCCACAGUCACGCUAUCACUUUCAGACGAGGAUUUCAGCAAGCUGGUAGCUGGUCAGGCAAACGCACAACGGUUGUACAUUUCCGGAAAGCUGAAGGUCAAGGGUGACGUGAUGAAGGCGACCAAGAUGGAGCCUAUUCUGAAGAAGGCUCAGACGAAGGCCAAGUUGUAA